CUCUCAGAUGACUUUUGGGAAAGAGUUUGAAUGCUAACAUGCAAAAACCUCUUUUAGAAGUUGAUGAUGCAAUGCGUAGCUUUGCUGAAAAAGUGUUUGCCUCUGAAGUCAAAGAUGAGGGAGGCCGUCAUGAGAUUUCCCCCUUUGAUGUGGAUGAGAUCUGCCCAAUAUCUCACCGUGAGAUGCAAGCACACAUUCUCCACCUGGAAACUCUGUCCUCCACUGAAGGGAGGAGAAAAAAGCGUUUCCAAGGGAGAAGGACUGUUGGUUUGUCCAUUCCACUAAGUGAAACAUCUUCCACCGAACUGUCCCACAUUGAUGAAUACAUUUCUUCAUCUCCAACCUACCAGACUGUGCCGGAUUUCCAGAGAGUACAGAUCACAGGCGAUUACGCCUCUGGGGUUACAGUUGAAGAUUUUGAAAUAGUUUGCAAAGGUCUGUAUCGGGCGUUGUGUAUACGGGAGAAAUACAUGCAGAAGUCGUUUCAGAGGUUCCCUAAAACCCCUUCCAAAUACUUGCGGAACAUUGAGGGUGAGGCUUGGGUAGCAAAUGAGAGCUUCUAUCCAGUCAUUACCCCUCCUGUGAAGAAGGAAGAAGACCCCUUCCAAACAGAUGACCUUCCUGAAAACCUGGGCUAUCACCUCAAAAUGAAGGAUGGUGUCAUUUACAUCUAUCCUAAUGAAGAAGCAGCCAGCAGGGAUGAGCCCAAGCCACUUGCUUACCCAAAUCUGGACAUCUUCUUAGAUGAUAUGAAUUUUUUACUUGCUUUAAUUGCUCAAGGACCUGUUAAAACCUACGCCCACCGGCGCCUGAAGUUCCUGUCCUCCAAGUUCCAGGUCCAUGAGAUGCUCAAUGAGAUGGAUGAGUUAAAGGAGCUGAAGAACAACCCCCACCGAGAUUUUUAUAACUGCAGGAAGGUGGACACCCAUAUCCAUGCAGCUGCCUGCAUGAACCAGAAACAUCUGCUGCGCUUUAUUAAGAAAUCUUACCAUAUUGAUGCGGACAGAGUGGUCUAUAGCACCAAAGAGAAAAAUCUGACCCUCAAGGAACUUUUUGCUAAAUUAAAAAUGCAUCCCUACGACCUGACUGUUGAUUCUCUGGACGUUCAUGCUGGACGCCAGACUUUCCAGCGUUUUGAUAAGUUCAACGACAAAUACAAUCCAGUAGGAGCAAGUGAGCUACGAGACCUCUACCUGAAGACAGACAAUUACAUUAAUGGGGAAUAUUUUGCCACUAUCAUCAAGGAGGUAGGUACAGACCUUGUGGAUGCCAAGUACCAGCAUGCAGAGCCUCGCCUGUCAAUCUAUGGUCGCAGUCCUGACGAGUGGAGCAAGCUCGCCACCUGGUUUGUCCGCAACCGAAUCUACUGCCCCAACAUGACAUGGAUGAUCCAGGUCCCCAGGAUCUAUGAUGUGUUCCGAUCCAAGAAUUUCCUUCCACACUUUGGAAAGAUGCUGGAGAAUGUUUUCAUGCCAGUGUUUGAGGCCACUAUCAACCCCCAGGUUCACCCAGAACUCAGUGUCUUCCUCAAGCAUAUUACUGGCUUCGAUAGCGUGGAUGACGAGUCCAAACACAGUGGCCACAUGUUUUCCUCCAAGAGCCCCAAACCGCAGGACUGGACAGUGGAAAAAAAUCCAUCUUAUGCUUACUAUGCCUACUACAUGUAUGCAAACAUCACGGUGCUCAACAGCCUGAGAAAGGAACGAGGCAUGAAUACAUUUCUGUUCCGUCCUCACUGUGGGGAAGCUGGAGCUCUCACCCACCUCAUGAUAGCAUUCAUGACUGCCGAUAAUAUCUCUCAUGGCCUAAAUUUAAAAAAGAGUGCUGUGUUACAGUAUUUGUUUUUCUUAGCCCAGAUUCCCAUCGCCAUGUCGCCACUGAGUAACAACAGCCUAUUUCUAGAGUAUGCCAAAAAUCCUUUCUUAGAUUUUCUCCAGAAAGGGCUGAUGAUCUCACUGUCCACAGAUGACCCAAUGCAAUUCCAUUUCACCAAGGAGCCCCUGAUGGAAGAAUAUGCCAUUGCCGCACAAGUCUUCAAGCUGAGCACCUGUGAUAUGUGUGAAGUGGCAAGAAACAGUGUCUUGCAGUGCGGAAUUUCUCAUGAGGAAAAAGCAAAGUUUCUGGGCGACAAUUACCUUGAGGAAGGCCCUAUUGGAAAUGAUAUCCGGAAGACAAAUGUAGCUCAAAUCCGCAUGGCCUAUCGCUAUGAAACCUGGUGUUAUGAACUUAAUUUAAUUGCUGAGGGUCUUAAAUCAGCAGAAUAAAAUAAACAAACCAACUAUAUAACAUGGGCAAUAUUUUCAUUGUAGAGUUACCCUAUUAUACAUGUCUAGGAUUGUGUUAAAUAUUCCACAGACAUUAUUUCAUUUAAUCCUUUUUGCAGCUUUAUAAAAUAGAUAUUAUUAUCCUCAUUUUGGGGAAGAUGAAUAAACUGAGGUUAGUACAGUUAAUAACCUGUACAAGGAUACACCUACUGAGCGGUAGAAAUGGAAACCUAGGUUUGCCUGAUUCUAGAGUCUCUAUGACUGUUCAGGCAAAACAGUUACUAAGAGUGGAAAAAAACACAAGCGAAUGAGUUGCUAUUGGAAGAAUACAGGCUUUUGAUUUAUAGAAUACUUAAGGCAUUCCUUAGAACCAUUAAAAAGUCCUUUGACAGGGUACAGCUGAAUAGUGACUUGCUUAGCUGAAAACAGAACAGGUGUACCCAAUAUGGAAGGUCUGUACUGAUGAGUCACUAUACUUAGUGGGAAUUUAUUUUACAGAAGUAUUCUGAGCAUUAAGGAUAUCAUUGACAAUAAGGUUAUAGUGAGCUAUACUGGUACAUUUUAAAUGGUUUUCCUUACCAAAAUAACAUGGCAACUCCAUGUGUUACAGAA